GUGAAGUCUCUCGACUUUGUUGACACGACGAAAGUCGCCGUAAUUGGCUACUGCUUCGGUGGAACCGGUGUGGUGAACAUGGCCAUUCUGGGGAUGGAGGGCGUUCUGGGCGUUGUUGGCUACCACUCCGGCAUCAGUCCCAACGCUAGGGUGGUGCGGGGCAACAGCACGGCACCUAUGGUCGCCAAGGUUUUGCUGCACUCGGGCGUGAAGGACGACGCUGCGACUGACAUGGCGAUGCUGGAGGAAGAGUUCGAGUCUGCAGGAGCCACAUAUGAGAUCGCUCGCUAUGGCUCGGGCGUCUACCACAGCUUCACGGAGUGGAUGGCCAGCGUGCCCAUGCAAGCCAUGUACGACCAGCGUGCGGACGUCAGGUCUUGGGAGAGCACCAAGCACUUCUUGAUGGAGCUGUUUGUCGGUCUCCCUGCCGCGGAGCGCGAGCCCGAGUGCCACUUGGAUGUCAUCGUAGUCACUGAUGGCCGCACGAUCCUCAAUCGUGGUCCUGCUAUAGGCGAUCACGACCACGACCACGACCACGACAACCAGGUGGAGGGCUCGGAGACCAGCUCCGGCAUGGCUGCCUUCCUCUCCUCCGCCCUUGGAGUGGUCUUAGCCCUGCUGGCCUAG